GACUUAUUCAUAGGAACUCACUGAUCAUUAUCAGAUAUUUCCAACGCGGCAACAGUUCUCCAGGAAGUCUUUGUAAUGUCUGGUUCCAAAAUUUGCAGAAUCCUAAGAGAACCCACACUAUAUAAUCUCACAUUAGGAAUCGUCAUAAUAGUCAUAUUAGUUCUCAUCCUGAAACAGGGAUAUAUCAGUGGAAACAAAACUGAUACCACAUAUGGAAAAGAUAAUCAGAAAGCAAAUAAUGAAUUGAUAGAAGAUAUAUGCACAUUAGUCAAGUUACCCGAUGGUAAAUUGAGAGGACGAAAAGCGAUUUCUUCAAGAAAUAUCGAAUUUUACGCAUUUCAACAAAUUCCUUAUGCCAUGCCACCGAUAGGAAAACUACGAUUUGAGGAUCCGGUACCUCCAGAAAAGUGGGAUGGUAUUCUGAAUGUGACAAAAAAUACCAAAACAUGUUUUCAAUUCAUCAAUUUCCUACAUGUUCAUGAUUGGAGAGAGUCUCAAACAGAAGAUUGUCUUUAUUUGAAUGUCUAUACACCAGUGUGUGCAUCAUCUGGAGGUUCACUGGCUGUUAUGUUUUACAUUUAUGGCUCGGGUUACCUCAGUGGAGCAAGUGACUAUGACCUAUUUGGACCAGAUCAUUUAAUGGAAAAUGGCGUUAUUGUUGUCACCUUCAACAAUAGAUUAGGUCCACUAGGAUUCCUCUCAACUGGUGACAAUGUCAUUCCUGGAAACUAUGGCAUGAAAGAUCAGGUUCUAGCACUGAAAUGGGUCAAUCGAAAUAUACAUUAUUUUGGUGGGGACCCAAACAGAAUCAGUAUUGUAGGGCAUAGUUCAGGAGCAGCAUCAGUCGGAUUGCAUUUGAUGAGCAAGUUAUCUAGAGGUCUGUACAACUCUGCUGUAUGUCAAAGUGGCACGUCUUUAUCUUCUUGGUCGUAUCAACUAAACUACAAAAGGAAUGCUCACCAUCUUGCCGUAUUAUUGGAUAGUAGUUUCAAUAAAAAUGCCAGUUCCGAAGAAUUACUCAAAUUUCUACGUACAGUUCCAGCUGAAGAGAUAGAUUCAGUUGUACACAAUUUUCCGAAAUCUCUAUUAGAUCAGAUGGAUGUUCAAGGUUGGCCUUUCACUCCUGCUAUAGAGCCAGAUCACGAAAAAGCGUUCCUUACUGAAAAUAUGUAUUCAGCAAUACAAGAAGGACAUAUGGAUAGAGUACCUCUACUCAUCGGUAUCGUUUCUGAGGAAGCAUUCACCAAAUAUGACAGUGUCACAUCAGUAUUAUCAGAGAGAGUUGAAAAAUGGAAAGAUGCUGCAAGAACAUUAGACGAGGAUUCUGCGAGUAUGGUUCUUGAUAAUAUGAAUAUAGUUGACGAAACUGAGAAGAAACGAAUUGGCGAAGCUAUUCGCAAUCUAUACCCUCCUGGACCGUUUGCUAAUGAUUUGGGUAAAACUGUUAAGAAAGCAAAUAAUGAAUUGAUAGAAGAUAUAUGCACAUUAGUCAAGUUACCCGAUGGUAAAUUGAGAGGACGAAAAGCGAUUUCUUCAAGAAAUAUCGAAUUUUACGCAUUUCAACAAAUUCCUUAUGCCAUGCCACCGAUAGGAAAACUACGAUUUGAGGAUCCGGUACCUCCAGAAAAGUGGGAUGGUAUUCUGAAUGUGACAAAAAAUACCAAAACAUGCUUUCAAUUCAUCAAUUUCCUACAUGUUUAUGAUUGGAGAGAGUCUCAAACAGAAGAUUGUCUUUAUUUGAAUGUCUAUACACCAGUGUGUGCAUCAUCUGGAGGUUCACUGGCUGUUAUGUUUUACAUUUAUGGCUCGGGUUACCUCAGUGGAGCAAGUGACUAUGACCUAUUUGGACCAGAUCAUUUAAUGAAAAAUGGCGUUAUUGUUGUCACCUUCAACUAUAGAUUAGGUCCACUAGGAUUCCUCUCAACUGGUGACAAUGUCAUUCCUGGAAACUAUGGCAUGAAAGAUCAGGUUCUAGCACUGAAAUGGGUCAAUCGAAAUAUACUUUAUUUUGGUGGGGACCCAAACAGAAUCAGUAUUGUAGGGCAUAGUUCAGGAGCAGCAUCAGUCGGAUUGCAUUUGAUGAGCAAGUUAUCUAGAGGUCUAUACAACUCUGCUGUAUGUCAAAGUGGCACGUCUUUAUCUUCUUGGUCGUAUCAACUAAACUACAAAAGGAAUGCUCAUCAUCUUGCCGUAUUAUUGGAUAGUAGUUUCAAUAAAAAUGCCAGUUCCGAAGAAUUACUCAAAUUUCUACGUACAGUUCCAGCUGAAGAGAUAGAUUCAGUUGUACACAAUUUUCCGAAAUCUCUAUUAGAUCAGAUGGAUGUUCAAGGUUGGCCUUUCACUCCUGCUAUAGAGCCAGAUCACGAAAAAGCGUUCCUUACUGAAAAUAUGUAUUCAGCAAUACAAGAAGGACAUAUGGAUAGAGUACCUCUACUCAUCGGUAUCGUUUCUGAGGAAGCAUUCACCAAAUAUGACAGUUAGUUCCUCAUAAAGACAUAGGUGCCACAUCAGUAUUAUCAGAGAGAGUUGAAAAAUGGAAAGAUGCUGCAAGAACAUUAGACGAGGAUCCUGCGAGUAUGGUUCUUGAUAAUAUGAAUAUAGUUGACGAAACUGAGAAGAAACGAAUUGGCGAAGCUAUUCGCAAUCUAUACCCUCCUGGACCGUUUGCUAAUGAUUUGGGUAAAACUGUUAAGUAUUUUUCUGAUACUACUUUCACUCGUGCUAUCAUUCGUCAUGCUGAAUUACAAUCCAAUUAUAGUGACGUCUAUUUUUAUCGAUUCUCUUAUGGUUCACCAGCAUUCAAUGAAAUCAAACCAGAUUUUGAAGGGACCUAUAAAGUCGGCCAUGGCGAUGACAACGUUUUUAUGUGGCGCUUCACUGGAGUUGAUGUUGUAGAGAAAGGCUCACUAAUUGAUAUAUUGGCAAGUGAUCGGUACAGGACACUGAUCACAAAUUUCGUGAAAUAUUUGAAUCCUACACCCAUGAAAUCUUCCCUAUUGAAUAACGUAAUCUGGCCAAAAGUGCGACCAGAUAAUUUUCAAUUUCUGGAUAUCAACGAGACGAUCACAAUUCAGAACAAUCUCAGAGAUGAGACCUAUAAAGGCUGGGUGAAAAUAUACGAGGAGAUGACGACGAAGCCAAUGUUGACGUUCUGAUGAUUUCGAGUUAAUAUCACUUGUGGAAGCUGUCAUUUCUAAGUGAUGUUUAUUUAUUAUGACCUCCUUGUACAAUACAACUUCGACCAAAACCACA